CCUAUAACAUUUUUAAAAAUAAAAAUCUAUAAUAAGGCACCACGAACUACAUUAUUAUUUAUUAAUAACAAAAAUACGCCGUAUUUUAUUAUUAUUACAUAUUAAGAUAAAUACCAACGUCGUUACUGUUUGCGUUUCUGAUCCCGACCGUGGACCACUGGUCAAUUACUGGUGCGGCGUAAAAAUCGAUCAAUACCCUUUCCGAUUCCGGUUGAUACGACGCCAGCAGGCUGCAGCUGCCCGUGUUCGACAUAAAUUGAUCAUAAUAUUUAUUAUUAUUAUUAUUAUUACUGGUAUUGUUGAAUGUUGUUAUCACCGUCGUUUCGCACGAGACGCCGUGUGCCGUGACCAAAGUCAUUGUGACGACCAAUUAUAGGUAGUUGGGCUCGCGAUCGGAUUGACCUGCCGCCGACGAAGAACGAAGAGAAGUCGUCAGCCCCUCGACCGAGUCACCGACAAUGGCCGUGUGGCUGGAAGUACUGUUCGUGGCGUUUUUCAUAUCGCUGCCGUUCCUCUACGACACUCUACGAACGUUCCGCUAUCACUUCCGUCUGGCCAUCUUCUCUGUACUGGCCUCCCUCACGUCCUUGUUGGCCGUCUUCCAGUUCAAACACCGGUCCAGGUUGAUUGCAUAUUUUGGGCAACAAAUCUCAGAUUUAUUGUCUAUUGAAUGGUGCCUAUAUGGGAAACAAAAUCUAUCAUCAACACGUGCAAGAGUGGCUAUUAUAAAUUAUCAAACUGACAUUGAUACAUUAGGACUUUUGCAUUUGGUGUAUUGUCAAAAUAUGGAACUGAACAUAAUUUCAGAAACAAAUUUCAUCACCUUAUGGCCAUUUUCAUUUUUUCCAUGGCUAAUCUCAUUGGCCCUGUGUCCCAUUCAAUUUUUUUAUACAAAUUUGAGGUUGCUGAAUUUUUCUACAGCGAUAAUUGAUUCAGGGCCUACAAUUUUAUUGGCAUCAACUAUAAUGACAAAUGAAGAAACUAUUAAAAUGGCAUUAAAAAAAAAAUUGCCAGUGCAGCCUAUUGUAUUUUCCAACAACUAUUUCAUAAACAAAGAAAAACAUAUGUUUGAGCCAGGUCGUGUAAUAAUAUCUGUGAUGCCAAUAAUAGAAACUGAUGGUUUAUUGGCAAAUGAUAUACCUAACUUCAGUGAUGAAGUAAAUUCCAAAAUACGUGCAGAAUAUGACAGUAUAAGCAAAAUAACUCAACUGGGCGACUAUCAGACACCGUCUUUUUAGGCCUUAGAGUUAAUACUAUUAAUAAAACUCUUCCAUGCACAAUUUUUAAUUAGCAAAAUGACAAGUUAUAUUAAUUAUUUAAUUUAACAAGACACAUUUCCAUUCACUGUGGUAUUGCUUAAAAGUAUAUUUACACUACUUAAAUGUUGAUUAUUCUUGAUUGUUUUUUUUAUAUAUUAUAUAUUAUUCAUUGUUUCUUAUUUUACCUAAUUUUUUUUUUAAUGAAUUUUGUGUUUUUUUUUUUAUAAAAAUAUAAACAUAUUUUGUUCUUAUUGGCUGUGCAAUAUAAUAUGUAAUUUAUUAGAUAAUCAUAUUAAAUUUCAUUUUCAAAACUGCGAUUAUCGUUACAUAGUCUAAAUACCUUAAUAGUAUUUAUUUUUUUAUUCUCAAACUAGUCAUAAUUAGUAUUAACAUUUGUUUAAUUAUUUACUCAAUAUUAAAUGAAUAUUAAUGUUUUUUCUUAAAAUAUUGUGUUUGUUGUGUUUUAUUUAGACUUCCGUUAUUUUUAAAUUAGUUUUAAUAUUAAAAUAAUGACUAUCAUGAAAUGUUUAUUUUUUUUUUCAUUUAGUUGUAAAGAAAUAUUUUAAUUGUAAAUGGGUUGGGUGCAAUUACGUAUGUUAUUGGGCUAUGUAAAUUAAAAUAUGUCUAAUAUAGAAUUAGUUAUAAAAAUACAGUAAUGACUUAAAGAAUCUUAACUACCUACUUUUUCUAGGAAAAAAACUAUGCAUUAAGACUUUAAUUUGAUAUCCAAUAAAGUUAUCUUUAAAUUA